AUGUGUGGUAUUUUAUUUCGCUUGUCUCACGAUAAUUAUAAUGCUAAUGAUAAAAUAUUUCAAAAAGAUUUAUGGGAUUUAUUAAUUAAUAAGAAUAAACAACGUGGGCCAGAUGGAAUUUCAAAAUUUUCCAAGUCGAUUAAAUUAAUUGAAGAAAAAUCAAUUAUUGAUGAUGAUAGUAGAGGAAAAGUUAAUGAAUUAUUAUUGGAUUUUUUUGGAGCAGUUUUACAUUUACGUGGUAAAGAAUUAACGGAACAACCUUUAAUAAGUGAAAAUCAUGAUAUAUUAUUAUGGAAUGGUGAGAUAUUUGAUGGUUUCGAGAUACCGAAAGAUGAGAAUGACACAAUUCAUCUUUUUAAUUCAUUAAAAGGAAUUGAAAAUGAUGAUGAAUCAUAUAAAAUUCUAAAUAAUUCUACAAAAAAAUUGUGGUUUGGAAGAGAUUACUUGGGAAGAAGAUCUUUACUAUGGUAUAAACCAAAACUAUUAUUAAAUAAAAAAGAUGAUUUUAUAUUGACAUCUGUUGGAUGUAAAUUACCAAAAAAUAAUCAUGAUGAUGGUGAUGAAAAUCAUUAUUUUCAAGAAGUUCCUGCUGACGGAAUUUAUUGUUUAGAUUUUAAAAAAAUUAUUGAAGCAAAUUCUUCAGAAUUAUUUGAGAAUUAUUUAAUUCAUUAUAAAUGGUAUGAUAAAGAUGAUAAUAAUAAUAAUAAAUUGCCAUUUGGUAGAGUAAAUGACAAAUUACCAAAUCCAGAUGAAUUACCAAGAAUAGACAAUUUACCAGGAUUAUCAAUUCCUGAUAUUUCAAUAGAAAUGGAAAAUGUUAUAAAUAAAUUUAUUGAUGAAUUAAGUUAUUCAGUAUGUAAAAGGGUUGAAAAUAUUCAAGUAUCUACAAAAGAAUCCAAAAUUUCAAUAUUAUUCUCGGGUGGAUUAGAUUGUGUUUGUUUGGCAGCAUUAACUCACAAAUUAACUGGUAGACAAAGUGUUGAAGAAUUAAGAAAAAUUGCGCCUAAUCGUAAAUGGAAUUUUGUAGAAAUUAACAUUCCAUAUGAAGAAUCAUGUAAAUACAAAUCAGAAAUUUUGGAAUUGAUUUCUCCAUCUGAUACAAUUAUGGAUUUGAGUAUUGCAAUGGCAUUUUGGUUUGCCGUUAGAGGCAAAGGUCAAAUUAUAAACCCUGAUAAUCCAAAGAUGACGAUGAUCGAUUACGAGAGUAAAGCAAAAGUUAUAUUGGUUGGUAUAGGUGCUGAUGAAUUAUUAGGUGGUUAUUCAAGACAUCGUGAAGCAUUUAAGAAAUGUGGCUGGGAAAAUUUAAUUAAAGAGAUUCAAUUAGAUGUUGAUAGAAUAUCAACAAGAAAUUUAGGACGCGAUGAUAGAAUAAUUUCUUCGCAUGCAAAGGAAUCAAGAUAUCCAUAUUUGUCAGCUAAUGUAGUUUCUUAUCUGAACUCAAUUCCAAUUCAUCUAAAGCUUGAUCUAAGAUUUGAAAGAGGAAUUGGCGAGAAAUUGCUAUUAAGACAUGUAGCAAGAAGAUUGGGGUUGAUUGAAUCCAGUAAAUUGUUGAAAAGAGCAAUACAAUUUGGUUCAAAAACUGCUAGAAUGACAAAUGAAACUAAUAAAGAAAAAGAAGAACGACAAUGA